AUGGAUGACGCUCCCCCUGGCACACAGGAGUACAUUAUGUUACGGCAAGAUUCCAUCCAAUCUGCGGAAUUAAAGAAAAAAGAGUCCCCUUUUCGUGCUAAGUGUCACGAAAUCUUCUGCUGCCCACUGAAGCAAGUGCACCUCAAAGAGAACACAGAGCCAGAAGAGCCUCAGCUUAAAGGUAUAGUAACAAAGCUAUACAGCAGGCAAGGAUACCACUUACAGUUGCAAGCAGAUGGAACAAUUGAUGGAACAAAAGAGGAGGACAGUAGUUAUACUUUGUUUAACCUCAUACCUGUGGGUUUACGAGUGGUGGCGAUUCAGGGUGUUCAAACAAAAUUGUAUCUGGCAAUGAACAGUGAAGGAUACCUCUAUACAUCAGAACAUUUUACACCUGAAUGCAAGUUUAAAGAAUCAGUAUUUGAAAACUACUAUGUGACAUAUUCUUCAAUGAUCUACAGACAGCAACACUCCGGGCGGGGCUGGUACUUGGGUCUUAACAAAGAAGGAGAAAUAAUGAAAGGAAACCAUGUGAAGAAAAAUAAACCUGCAGCACACUUUCUUCCAAAACCAUUAAAAGUGGCCAUGUACAAAGAGCCUUCCCUCCACGAUCUCACAGAGUUCUCAAGAUCUGGAAGUGGGACCCCAACAAAGAGCAGAAGUGUCUCAGGAGUGCUAAAUGGGGGUAAAUCCAUGAGCCAAAACGAGUCAACGUAGCCAGGUUCAGGCCAGCCAAGUGCUCUCUAAACAGAACCUUACCUCUGGAUGCAGUUGAAUUCUUACUAGCAGUCUUUCAUCCAAACGUUCAAUUGCCCAGGACAAGCCACCGAACUUGCAUAGGUCACUCGUUUAUCAGCCAUUAGAUCUACUGGUUGUCAAAGGAUGUACCCCAAUAAUGUAGAAUAUGCUUGUGCGUAUCACAAGGCACUUGGAUAGCCAGCAAACAUAACUGCGGAGUAAAUCUCGGAGAAGAAAUGUCCAGCUCUUUCUCUCUCUUUCUUUUUCUCUCUCUCUUUCUCUCUCUCUCUCCUCUGCUUUGUGGAAUAUGAAACAAAAACAUUUCACAGCAUUCGCUGCUGAUAAGAAUUUGCUUUCCAACUCAGAAAAAGACCACUUUUGCUCUUCAACGGAAGUUUUAAUGCUUGUAUGUUUUAUAGGGGCAA